AUGUCAUUAAAUAACAAAAUCAAACAUUCCAUUCACAAAGUGACCGAUCCAUUUAAAAGGAUACUAAGAAGAAAAUCAUUAAUGGCACAAGAAAAAGUAACAUCGAAUGAAGCACUUCAAUGGUGCCAAAAUUUUCUUCGCGGUGCUUGGUCAAGCAUUACCAUUGAAGACAUGCGUAUGGAAAGAAUCUCCGGAGGUCUAUCGAAUUAUCUCUACUGUUGUUCAUUGCCUGAAAAUGUUCAACCAUUGGGUGACGAACCUCGAAAAGUACUAUUAAGAGUCUAUGGUGAAGCUCAUAAAAAGCAUCGUGGCACACUUUUGAUUGAUAGUGUCGUGUGUACAUUAUUAUCCGAAAGGAAAUUGGGGCCUCGUGUUCAUGGAAUAUUUCCUGAAGGACGUCUUGAAGAAUUUAUUGAAUCUGAGUCGCUACGUGCAUCAGAAAUUCGCGAUCCAAAAACUUCACGGAAAAUUGGUCGUUUACUCGGUGAACUUCAUCAACUUGAUAUGCCAUUAGUGAAAGAACCUAUUUGGUUAUAUUAUACUAUUGAACGACAUCUCUCUGAUUUACCCACCGAUACAAAUAAAUUCGAAAUCGAAGAAGAUCGAGAAAUAUUUCAAGAACUUCGAUCCGUAUGUAAUUUUACUGAAGAAUUCGAGCAACUGAAGAAACUUUUAGCAAGUAUUCAGAGUCCCGUAUGUUUUACUCACAAUGAUUUUCAACCAGGAAAUAUUCUUCGUUUAAAAUCUCAUCCAGAAAAGUUUACAGUCAUUGAUUUUGAAUAUUGUUCAUAUAAUUAUCGUGGAUUUGAUAUUGGAAAUCAUUUUUGUGAAUUUAUGUUUGAUUAUACAUCAUCAAAAGCAUGGCCAUUCUUUAAUUUAGAUUUUACACUUUAUCCCAAUAAAAUUCAACAAAUUAAUUUUCUAUCAUCAUAUGCGGAUGCAAUAAUUUCCUCUGCAAAUGAAAAAGCUAAUGAAGGAUCGCUCCUCUCAACAAACAAUAACAAUCGAGAAGAGUUAAUUGAUCAAUUAAUGAAAGAAGCCAAUUAUUUUGCAUUAGCUUCGCAUUUCUUUUGGACAUUAUGGUCUAUUAAUAUGGCAACAUCAACUGCGAUUAAAUUUGGUUAUAUGGAAUAUGCUCGAGCGCGUCUUACUGCUUAUUAUGUAACCCGUAAUCUACUUGUUGGUGCUAAUGAAAUUCCACCACGUUUCAGUGAAGAUAUUCUACGAUCAGACAAAAACCCAUUUAAUAAAUCGUACACAAAAAUCAACAACGAACAAUCAGUUAAUUAA